AUGGAUCUUCAACAAAAAAUAGCAGCAAGCCUGGAAUAUUUGGCUGAAUACCGCCGCCAUUACGCCCCCCGGAAAAAGUCCAUACCCGAAUUCACCUACGAUCCAGGACUCGGAAAGGUCUUCAUCGAUCAAAACGUCGGCACUAGGUACGUUCUCCUAGAAAUAAUCGGAAAAUGCGUCCAACUGCGGCCUACACACAACUACAAUCUUUUGGAUGUGAUCUACAAAGCUAGUUACUACACACCCGAUUGGAUCGAACACGACAGUUUCCUUCCUUCCGGUUAUGCCACUGUCAAGUUCAUCCGACCUGGACAAGAAAUUCGUCAGAGCAAGCUGGCCGGACAAUCAAUCCGUAAUUCGAAUAUUAUUAACUUCGAUAAAUGGCUUAUUCAGAGAUUCAGGCAAGGAUUUUGUGUUGCAUUGCCUUAUAUGUCAGAAGGAUCGCUCCGUUACAUUCUGUCAACUCGAUUUCACAACGGAUUACCAGAGGAUUGUAUUGCUAUUGCUCUUAAACAAGCGCUUCUAGGUUUGUUUGAUCUUCAUUUUUCGGGUCUGGUUCAUAAGCGUUUCAGUGCUGGGAAUAUCUAUGUUAAUUUCAAAUCGAAUGUAGAAAUCAAAUUGGGAUUUGCAGCAACGAUUUACGAUUCAGAGUUGGAAUCUCCUCUUUUUGUUAGUCACGGAACAGAACUUGGCCUUGACUCAACUGUUGCCAUUCUACCGAAAAAUCCUGGUGGAAUCCCGAAUCUAGAACUAGGCGAGUUGUACAAGUGGGCUGCUGCACCGGAGGUGUUCUAUUCGAAAUAUGAGGAGGAACUAAGUCAAGUUCCAUCACCUCUAUAUCAAGAUGAUAAUGCCCACACUGUUCAUUCCGAUAUAUGGUUAGUCGGUGUAGCAGCGUUGGAAUUAGCAUAUGGAAAUUUAAGGAUAAGCGAUCGCGAAGAUUUUGAGGCAAUGAUCAAGAAGAUAAAGAGGUCGAGGAGAUUGCCGGAUAAGUUGGAAGAUGUGCUUGAGGAGAUUAAUGUAGAAGAAGGGAAAGGGAAAGGGAAAGGGAAAAUGAAGAAAGCUGUGGUGUAUUUUAACGACAAACUGAAGUAUGUGAAAGGUAAAAGAAAGUUUUCGAAAGAGUUUGAGGAGUUGGUGUUGGAUUGUCUUUCUAGCAAAGAAUCAAAGAGGCCAUCAGUUGGAGAUCUACUGCAGAGACCAUUUUUCCGGAAUGCUAAGAACUUGCAAUGGUUUCAACGCCGCGUGUUGUAUGCAAAGAAUCCAAUGGCUUAUUGCUGAUAUCUGAUGAUGAACGAUUCGUGGAAGAUCAAGAUCAGAAAAAAGAGCAUAUUGUUACAUAGAAAUGUCAUACUGUAGUAGUUCAUGUUUUUAAACACUUCAUUGCUGAAAAGGGGAAUUACAUUUCUAGCUUCUUCA